ACACUAAAUUCUCCUAAUACUGGCAGUGGUGACCAGACCGCCAUCCACAUUCUCCUUAACCGCCUACCACAUCUGGCGGUACCUCCGGUUCGCAACCUGGCCACGGAUCCGCGCUUGGUGGCUGUGGAUUGGGAUGAUGAAAACUUCGUCCUUCAAAGUCCAGUAAAUCUAUUGAAGCCCCUGCCUGAGGGUGGCGUGCGGGUCCCACUCCCACAAGCGCUUUUGUCUUCGAAACCUCGGUCGCGCUCCCUUACAGUUUGGCAAAAGCUGAUUCUCGUUGGUGGUCUCGAGGGUCUUCUUGAGUGCAUGGAAACACACUUUAAGGUGCCCGUUACAGCGCCGCCACUCUUCACCAAAUUAGUCGCCCUCCUGCCGCCACCAGCACCAUCUUCCGAUGGCAGCACUGGUAACACGGAGGGACUUGACCGCUGGGAGGAGGCCAUAUUAAAGGCCCUGAGGUGUCGAAAAGUCGCCCUGGAUAUUCCCAUCUUUAAUGCCCUGCUGCUGAGACGUACCAAUGCCGGAGUACCUGCCAAGCAGCUGAUGGCACUGGGGUCUCGCAGCGGUCUCACACCCGAUGAGAAACGUUCAGUAAGCAGAGAAUUUGAUGGGGAAGUAUACCGUCGGGGCCGCAACCAAAAGAGUUCGAUUUUUGAAACACGCAAAGCCUGGGGGCUCUUUAUAAAUUUGGACUGA